UCUCUGUUUCCUCGAAACUUCAUUUAUCUUCCUCGCCAAGACAAAACAAAUAAACAAUCCCUUGUAUAAAUAAUUGUCUCUCAUCUUGUUGCGUUCACAUGAAACUACCUUUUCUUCUGUUCGUUGACUUACCUUCUUUCUCUCCUCUUCAAUCUUGAUGGAUGCUAUUCUCCAAACACCCGUUGAUGGGUUCAGAUUCGACAACGGUCCUUCUGGAUCUUGCUGCAAACCAAGGAACAAUCUCGAAUCCGGCUUCACCUGUUUCAAAGAAUCUGAGUCUCAGAGCCUUUCUUCUCCCACCGAAAGAUCUACGUUAUGUUCAGAUAACUAUCCUGUUUUGAAGUAUAUCAAUGACAUGUUGAUGGAGGAAGAUCUUGAAGAACAGUCUUGUAUGUUGCAAGACAGUUUGGCUCUCAAAGCCGCAGAGAGAUCUUUCCUCGAAGCCCUUCAGGAGGAUCAACCAACCUCUGGAUCGCCUGAGGAAUCAUCAACAAGAAGGUACCGUCACCGAGAUGAUGAUGAAGAAGAUAAUCGCAAAUCAAAGCUCCCAGCAAUCUCCGUGGUGAAUGAGCUUGCGGAGAAGUUGGAGGAAGUGUUGUUGGUAUGUCAAAAAAACAAUCAAGGAGAAGCAACACCAAACAAACCAGGACGAGCAAAGGGAUCACUGAACCGAUCUAAACCGGAACAGCCCGUAGAUAUGAGGAGUCUCCUGAUGCAAUGCGCACAAGCAGUGGCUAGCUUUGACCAGAGCAGAGCCUUCGAGAAACUCAAGGAGAUAAGGGAACAUUCAUCAAGCCACGGCGACGCGACUCAGAGGCUUGGCUACCAUUUAGCGGAGGCGCUUGAAGCACGUAUCACCGGAACCAUGAAGAAGACUACGCCAGUAGAGACCGACGUUUUAAGCAAAACACCAAUGGUUGAUAUUUUGAAGGCCUACAAGGAGUUUGUUCUGACUUGCCCUACUUUGAUAAUGUGUUACAACACAUCAAACAGAACUAUAUUCGAGCUUGCGUCCAAAGCAACAACCACACUUCACAUCAUUGAUUUUGGGGUUCUCUAUGGCUUCCAGUGGCCUUGUUUGAUCCAAGCCCUGUCGACCAGACAGGGCGGACCACCAAAGCUCCGUGUGACCGGAAUCGAGCUGCCUCAGACUGGAUUCCGGCCAUCGGAGCGGGUUGAGGAGACAGGUCGGAGACUCAAACGGUUCUGCGACAAGUUCAACGUCCCGUUUGAGUACAGCUUCAUAACCAAAAACUGGGACACCAUAACUCUUGACGAGCUGGUGAUCAAUAGCGGAGAGACAACAGUUGUCAACUGCAUCCUCAGGCUACAAUACACUCCCGAUGAGACCGUGUCCCUGAACUCUCCGAGAGACACGGUUCUGAAACUGUUCAGAGACAUCAACCCUGACCUCUUUGUGUUUGCCGAGAUCAACGGGACGUACAACUCUCCCUUCUUUCUAACGAGGUUUAGAGAAGCUAUGUUCCAUUGCUCGGCGCUCUUUGACAUGUUUGAGAGCACCAUAUCGGAAGAGAAAGAUUGUAGGUCCUUGUUGGAGACGGAGUUAAUUGUAAAGGACGCGAUGAGUGUGAUCGCCUGUGAAGGUGCUGAGCGGUUCGCGAGGCCAGAGACUUACAAGCAAUGGCAGGUUAGGUUACUGAGAGCCGGGUUUAGACCGGCGAAACUAAAGAAACAUAUCCUGAAGGAAGGGAAGGAGUUAGCAAGAGAACGUUACCAUAAAGAUUUUGUGGUUGACAAUGAUAACCACUGGAUGUUACAGGGCUGGAAAGGAAAAGUUCUCUAUGCUCUUUCUUUCUGGAAACCUGCUAAGAAGCAAUAAACUAUUUUAUUAGCUUUCUUUUUAUUUUUGUUGUUUAAUAAUUAAUGUUUUGUAUAAACUGUUGGAUUUUUCUCUCAUCUGUUUAUAUGGAAUGCUUUUGUUCUUUCUUGCAAGUUCAUAUGGCAACCAAGAAUCCAAGUUCAUAUGGUAGUUCACAAUUUUUGGUUUCUAUAUUUUGGAAUAUGAUUUGUCGAAUACAAAUUAUUUGCAGUAU